UCCACGACUGGGGAACACAGCGGGAAGUCUGCGCACGCCGCCUGUGGCUCAAAGCUUUGGAGGAACAGGAAAGAAAGAAAUAAUUUCCCAGGAGGGAGGUGCCUAGAAGUCAGGCCCAUUCACCCAUUCAGCCUACUUACUGUACAGGAAAACUGACUUCUGCGGAAAAAACAAAACACCAGUCAAAAAGGACACAGUGGUGGUGCGUUUAUAUAGUCGUGUUGGUGAAGUGUCCUCGCGCAUUUGGCCGCCUCGCGCUUCUGGCUCGUGUUUACCUGUCUGUCACCUGUCAGGAUCAUUAUAUAUAUAAUGGCACUUCCUUGCCAGAACCCAUCUCCGGACCUUGCAAAACCAGACAGCGAAGAGAGCCAACUCAAUGUGAACUUCUUCAGAAAGCUUGGUUUCACUUCAAAUGACGUGAAGGCUGCCAUGAGGAAGGUAGACGUAGACACUGACACCAACGCGGUCCUGGGAGAAUUAGUUCGGAACGGGGCCCGGCCAGCACCCUGCAUUUCAAAUUCAGACUAUGAUGAGAGGAGUGCAGGGUUCAAGAACUCUCUGCUGCCUCCCAGCUGGACCUCUGGACCUUCCAGAAAUGCGCCAGAAGCUGUGCACAAGAAACAUACAGAUGAGGAACUCAGACCUAUUGUUAUUGAUGGCAGCAAUGUGGCCAUGAGCCAUGGCAACAAAGAGAUCUUCUCCUGUCGAGGCAUCCAGCUGGCAGUGAACUUCUUCCUGGACAGAGGUCAUAAUGAUAUAAAAGUGUUUGUUCCCACUUGGCGCAAAGAGCAGUCCCGGCCUGAUGCCCCCAUUACUGAUCAACACAUCCUGACAGAUCUUGAAAACCGUGGCAUCCUUGUCUUCACUCCGUCUCGACAAGUCAAGGGCAAGCGAGUGGUUUGUUACGACGAUCGCUACAUUGUCCAGGUUGCAUCAGUGUCUGAGGCCGUGAUUGUAUCCAACGACACCUAUCGUGACCUCCAAGGAGAAAAAUUGGAGUGGAAAAAAUGCAUUGAGGAGAGGCUUUUGAUGUACUCAUUUGUGAAUGACAGAUUUAUGCCCCCAGAUGACCCUCUUGGUCGCCAUGGCCCUACUCUUGACAACUUCCUCCGGAAAAAGCCCCUGCCUACAGAGCAAAAGAGACAGCUUUGUCCUUAUGACAAAAAGUGCACUUAUGGCAUCAAAUGCAAGUUCUAUCACCCAGAGCGGACCAACCAGUCCUACAUGUCUGUGGCUGAUGAACUGAGAGAAAAAGCCCAGAUUUCCUCAAAUGAACCAAGUGCCCGAUCAUCAACAAAGCUCUAUUUGGCUGAUGCAGAGCCUGUCAAAAGCGUUCAUGUUAGUGAAAAUGUCUUGUACAGGGACUCUCAUGGAAGUAGUCAGAAUCACAUACAAGUUAAUGGGGAUCACAGGCAGGGCGAGUGGGCGGGGCAGGAGCCGCUCAGGCCAAAUCAUUACUAUGCCAACGGCUCUCAGGAGCACCUGGACUCCGGCCUGGGCUCAUACGACAGUCACAGCAACUCCCACCGGCUCUGGCCCCAGCAGCAAAGCCUCUCCGGCUCUGGAUCUAGACACUCCUCUGUGCAGGAGAAAAAUAACAUGAGUCACUAUGCUUCCUUCAUGCUCCCCUUAUCCACUGAACAGCAACCUGUGAGAAACAACGCCUACGCUUAUCCAUGCAUUGCAAAUAAGGGCAGCCUACCAGUUCAUUUUCAGCAGAACAGAGCGCCUCUACCUGAACAGAAUUACUGGUCCGAUCCGUACCAUGGCAUGCCCCAAAUAAGGACAAGUAACCCUGGCACAGCUCAUUCCCUUCACCCCAACACCCCAUACAGUUGCCCCCAGUACCAACCAUGGCCACAGGCAGCAUCCUUUUGUGCCAGUGACCCAAUCAGGAUGGAAUUGCGCAGUAGGUUACUAGGCAUUUUUAAUCCCAAAGAUGUAGAUAUAGCCAUGGAAAUGUUCCCAAAUCUGACAGACCCUGAAAAACUGGCAGAGGAGGUACUAAAAGUGAAGGCUCAGAGGGGAAUUUUUCAAUAAGCAACAAUGACUCAACAUUUUGUUAUAAUUACCAUCUUUAUUACAUAAGGGAUAUGAAUAAGGAAUUGGCAAUAUGCAUUGUACCAAAUGCUGAAGUAUUUAUCCAGGCUUGAGACCACCAUGCAUGCAUGACAUAUGAGCCAUGUGGCAGGAUUUUAUUUCUUUUAUUACAGAACAAUUUAUGUGAAAUUGGUUGUAUGGCCUUUGUGUCAAAUGUAAUAUUGACUGUAUUUUAAUUACAACAAUUCUCUAGAAGUGUGAUUCUAGAGCAUGUACUGUUGAUACAUAUUGUGUCAGGUUAUUAUGUUAUGGAAGUUCCCAUAAUGACGAAGAGUAUUAUUGAUCUAUUUUGGUGAUUUUUUUUUACCAUAUAUUGUUCGACAAGUUAUGAGGUACUAUUACAUCAUUCAUCAUUCAUGAUAUAAUUGAUUGUAAAAUUAAUUCUUCAAGGAAGUGAUGAGUAUUUUUUUUUUUUUUUUUUUACCAGCAUCCAAAACUGAUUUGGUUUGUGUUCUUACUGCUGUACCAGGAACAAGAUUUAGUUUCACAACAUGUUCCCAUAAAAGGUUGUAUGUUGCUACACAGGUAUUUGUGUAACCAUGCUGUUGUGCAUGGAAAAACAAAUAAUUAUGAGCUUUGUAAUGGAUUAAAGUUAUCAAAGU